AUGAAAACAUAUCAAAUACAAAGUAGUGCUACUAAUGUUUAUCUGCCGCUUGAUGAAAAACUAAGUGCGAAUGGGAUACAGAACUUGAGAAUUAAUGUUCCACCGAUGGUGAGAUCUGGUGAUUCAGUUAUUCUCUCAUGCAUUUAUGAUCUUGAACAUCCACUUUAUGCAAUCAAAUGGUUCUACAACGAAAGAGAAUUUUAUCGUUAUGUACCAAACGCAGUACCCAUUCAAGAAAGUUUUUCUGUCAAUGGAAUGAAAGUUGACAUUAGCAACUCAGAUGAACAUGGAGUAACACUUCUUGACAUAACGAGCGAUUUAAGUGGCACAUACAAGUGUGAAGUAUCAGAAGAUUACCCUUCCUACUAUACAGCAAAAAAGGAAGGAGAUAUGGAAAUAGUUGAUGUUCCAGAUAUGGAUCCGAUGAUUAUCGUUGAGAAGCCAAAAGUGCGAGUGAAUGAAACCCUCAGAGCAAACUGUACAUCGGGCGCUUCAAAUCCAGCACCUAAUAUUACGUGGACUCUUAACGGAGCUCAAUUAAAUAGUAAUACCACGCAGUUUACAUUACGCAACCGUACAGUACACAUAGACAGGAAGUUCAUGAGCCAGUCUAUUUUUGAACUUCAAACAACCAAGGACCUUUUUCAUGGUGGUUGGUUGCGGUUACGUUGCUUUGCUACCAUCAAUGGAAUCUACACUGCCACUGCUGAGUACAACAUUACAAAAGCUGAUCCACUACGCUCACCCAUCACAGGUGAUGCAUCUGCUCAUCAUGGUAAAAACGGAUGUGAAACGGCAUUACUUGGAACGCUAGAGACCCAAAGAAUGAGGACAUUCCGUCUGAUUGCUGGUACUAUACUGUUAUUGAAGCUUAGCAGGUAGCUCCAUUCAUCCAUGGACAUCAAAAUGUGAUCAACAUUGUCCACAUAAAUCCUAGUAGUCUAGGGCUUCCAACAUACUGUACGUUACGUGUUAACUACAUUUAUGAAGUUAUGGAGUAGAUAGAAAAUUCAUUUUUAUCUAAUUUUAAGAUUACAUUUAAAUAACCGAUACUCAACAGCGAUUCAACCAAUUUCAA